CCGGACAGCUUUGCAAGGGUUGUGCCAUUUCAUUUGAAGCACACAUCCACACGCUGUGCUCCUGGCUUCUGGCUAGCCUCCCAGAUCUGAGAGAUCUCAGAUUCUGUCUCCUCUUCUCUCACUCGCUCUCUUGUCCCUGCAGUGUCAGGCUUCUCUGGACUCUGCUAGUCAAGACUCCAGAGCAAUUAUGGCAGACACCAGCCUUCAGAUCAUCGAGCAGCCAACAGCCUCUGAGGCCUCAGAGGAACCAGCUGGUGAGGAACCCAUCAAAUCAGAUCAGAUCAAUGGUGUGAUGGUGCUCACCCUUCUGGACAAGAUCAUAGGGGCUGUGGAUCAGAUUCAACUGACCCAGAGUCAGUUGGAGGAGAGGCAGCAAGAGAUGGAUGGUGUGGUGGCCAGCAUCCAAGGGGAGCUGGCCAAGCUCACCAAGGCCCACACCACCACCAGCAAUACAGUCAACAAGAUGCUGGAGAAGGUCCGCAAGGUUAGCGUCAAUGUGAAAACUGUCCGGCAGAACUUGGAAAAGCAAGGUGGGCAAAUCAAGAAGCUGGAAUCCAAUGAGGCAGAGCUGCUGAAGCGUAGGAACUUCAAAGUGAUGAUCUACCAGGAUGAAGUGAAGCUGCCGACCAAGCUGAGCAUUAGUAAGUCUGUGAAAGAGAUGGAGAAAGAAGGGGAGGAGGUUCCAGCAAAUGAGGAGCACCCUGAUGAGGGACAUAUCGAGCUUUCCUCAGAUGAAGAGGUGGAGGUAGAGGAGAUAAUUGAGGAGUCACGGGCAGAGCGCAUCAAGAGAAGUGGCAUGCGGAGGGUGGAUGACUUCAAGAAGGCCUUCUCCAAAGAGAAGAUGGAGAAGACAAGGUUGAAGACAAGAGAAAACCUGGAGAAGACCAAAGUGAAGACCAAAGAGAACCUGGAGAAGACCAAGCAGAAUCUGGAGAAGACCCGACACAAUCUAGAGAAAAGGAUGAACAAGUUAGGCACCAAGAUUGUCACCACUGAACGUAGAGAGAAGAUGAAGACAUCCCGGGAUAAACUGAAGAAGUCUUUCACCCCUGACCACGUGGUCUAUGCACGCUCCAAGACCGCUGUCUAUAAAGUGCCACCUUUUACUUUUCAUGUCAAGAAGAUACGGGAGGGGGAGGUGGAAGUGAAGGCCACCGAGAUGGUGGAAGUCGGUGGAGAUGAGACAGAGAACGCAGAUCUAUUGAGAGGCGAGAGCCCUGAGAUGAGCACAUUGCUGCAGAUCACAGAAGAGUCAGACACAGUGCUGGCAGACAAGAGCGACAGUGAGUGAGCCAGGCAGCGGUGGAACAGCAGCAAGAGCCACACAUGGGACCUUUCACGUUUCCUCUUUUGGGCCUCACGUGGGCACGCAUGCGCGCACACACACAUAUGCACGAUAUAUAGUCCCCCUUCCCAAAAAGUAGCACCAAGGUGCAUUUUUGUAUAUUUCUGUUUCAGCAUAUAGAACACAGGACUACAUAGUAAUCCAUCCAACACCAUUCCUGCUACUGAAAGCUAGCUUGCUUUUUCAGCCUGCUGUGGCAAUGCCUUACCGCUAUCCAAAAGGUGCUAUCAACAGAAUCAUCCAUUUGUACGCCCAAGAAACAUGCUGCCGCUCAGCAGUUCUCCUUGGUGUCAGGAAUGCAUCCUGGGGACCAGAAAGCAGAUUGGACAGACAGAAGGAAGAGCAAAGGCACAGAACCAAAGAAGGAAGGGUUGGCUCAGUACAUCAAUGACCUGGGUGUUGGGAGAGAGUUGCAAUUGGCUGGGAGGGUCUGGGAAAAGAUUGGGUAAGACGAGGAUGUGAUGUCAUGUGAUGGUGCAGUGGGGGACUGUGCAGCCCCUAAACAAAUGUCCAAAUGGUUGUGUAGGUGCAGUUACAUUCAGUGGGCCUGUACACAUGAAAGAGCAGCAGGUUCCACGGGAAACAGGAGGGGAGACCUCUAGGUAGGAUGCCCUAAAAGCCACCCCAUGCACAUGGCUCCUGUGGGCAGCACUAACAUCCUAGAAAUGGGGAGUGAUGGGAAGCAAGUUAAGCUGAGAAAGGGGAAGAGGAGGCAGGGAGCAGGGUUAGACACUUUUGAUCCCUAUCCCUGGGCCAGAUCCUGAAGACUGGAGUGUUGUGUUUAGUAGUGCCCAGGCUCCAGGGUAGUCUGUGUGUCCUUGCUUUCCUGUUUGGUUGGCUUGCAAUAACCGAGUUUUAGUUGAGGCACCAAGAACUGGCUACUCCCCUCUUCGCUUGGGUACUCUGCACUUCGGUUCUUGUAGCUAGGUUGGCUGAAUUGGCUACUUGCGGAGAGAAUGGCUGAAUGGAGAGCAUUCAUUGACACAAAACAGCUUUGUUGUGGGAAAGGGCCUUCUCAGCAGCCCCCUUGUCCCCCCACGCUAUACACACAUCCUUCCUUAUAGCUACCUCUGGCUUUUUCUCUUUUUUUAGUUUGUGGGUGAGCCCAAAACCUCAUUUUUCCCUCCAAGCACAACCAAGCACUGCUCUUUCCCAUGUGUUUGAUGCCUGCAGCUGUCCUUUCCACAGGAGAGCAUCUCUCCCAUCUCCUGCUGGGGUCUUCCCAGGUUCCCCAUAGGCUCAAGCCCCACAGUGAAUUUUGCCCUAUUGUCCCAGCCAUUCCUUGCCCACAGCCUGUACCAAAGCUUGGUGCCCAAGCAGUCUGGUAAACAGCACAACAGAUUUGCCCUCACCACAGCAGGGAAAUAGGCUUAGGUCUGCACAUGUAUGUGCAGGGGUGUCCUUACUUGACCCUGGAAGGUGUAAGUAAGUGGGUGUGGGUUGUUGCCACCAUGGAUUUUGUGUCAAAGAGGGAGCCCAGGAUACCAAAAAUGCGAGGUCUUUAGAGCCAUCAACACAAAGCAAAGACAGUGCCCCACUCUGGGGGAAUGGGAGAAUGUGCCGCCAAGCAGCUUCAUUGAUCCUUUUCUAAGACUGCAUCCUGGUGAGCAGCGUGACUAAUAAACUUCCUUUUCUAAAAGAGCA